AUGGCUGCGCUUGAUGGAAAGCAGAUCGGUGUGGUUGUCACCUUUACGAUUCUGAACUUUGUUGCAAUCACUGCAAUGGGGCUUCGGUUCCAUUCUAUGGCUAUUGUACGACGAAAGCUUCAGCUUCACGAUGCGCUUUGCAUUGUAUCCUUGAUUAUGCUGUUUGGGUAUUCUAUAUGUCUCUUCAUCGUGCAUACUGACUUCAAAUUACAGAUCUUUUUUGCCUCUCAGUUCUUCUGGGCAAUUUCCAUUGCUUGUUUCCGAUUAGGAAUUCUCGAAUUCUACGUUCAAACCUUCACUACCAGGCUAUUCCGAAAUUUCGCUUAUGGGGCCAUGGGCGUUGUAUGCCUCUUCUUUAUCGCAACCAUCGCAGUAAUAUUGAGACUAUGUGUUCCUAUCUCAUGGAACUGGGAGAAGUCUAUUCAUGGAUCGUGUGGCAGUGAAAGAGCUGCUGAGCUGGCCGCAGCUGGCUUUAACUUGGCAUUAGACGUGAUCAUAGUCCUGUUGCCAUUCCCUGUGAUCUGGGGACUGCACAUGAGUGUGCAAAAGAAAGCUGCUGUUAUGGCCACAUUUGCUCUGAGUGUUUGCAUCUCCGCAAUCAAUCUCGCUCGCAUUAUUCACGUGCUUGAAUGCAACCUCAUGGAUUACACCUUCUGUACAGCAAACAAAGCGAUACUAACGGUCGCUGAGAUGGCCGUGGGAAUUACUGUGGCAUGCGUGCCAAUGCUGGGACCAGUGAUUUUCCCGGAACGUCGUCGAAGAUUCUCGAAAGGAUACUGUCCAGUCACUACACAUAAACGGUGGCAUGGCUCUGAUUCCAAGGCAAGCCCGCGCAAUGAUAGUGAUACGAAUAUCGAAGUGGCCAUGAUACCGAAAUGGCAAAUGGGCCACGAAUGCUCUGUCACUGGGGGCUUGGAUGGAAAAGACAGAACGAUGCAACCGUCACCAAUACAAGUGGGGGAUGGGCAGAUCGCUGCGUGGCGACAGUUUGAGAUACAAGCGGAGGAGGAUAUAGUACAACCUGAAAUUAUUAGCCAUUAG